AUGGCAUCCGAAAAGCACCCCAUCGACGUGGAGGGAGACGCGACGACCUUCGCGGACGGCGAAAAGCCUGCUACUUCGCUGCCCCAAGCCAACAAGAAAGCGCAGCAGGUCCUCGCCCAUUCUCAUGAUGCUGACGAAGCGAUGAAAGCGUUCGAGUCCGGCGAGACCAUUGAGCUAGACGAAGCGACCAACAAGCGGUUGCUGAGGACGAUUGAUUUGCAUAUGCUUCCGCUAAUGUGCGUCGUGUAUGGGCUCAAUUAUCUGGACAAGACAACGCUUAGUUAUGCGUCGAUCAUGGGUAUCAAGAAGGAUAUCGGGCUUGUGGGCGACAACUACCAAUGGCUCGGGUCGAUGUUCUAUUUUGGCUACCUUGGAUGGGAGUAUCCGACAAACAGGUUGUUGCAGAAGUUGCCAUUGGGCAAAUACAGUGCCUUCAACAUUGUCAUGUGGGGAACCAUUCUAGCGCUGCACGCAACGGUGUGGAACUUCGGCAGUGCUGUAGGAGCACGUUUCUUCCUCGGAGUUUUCGAAGCUGCUGUCACGCCGGGGUUCACCCUUUUGUCGAGUCAGUGGUGGACGAAGAAAGAGCAGGGAGCCCGAAUUGGCAUCUGGUUUUCUUUCAAUGGUAUGGGCCAGAUCUUCGGCGGGCUUGUGGCUUACGGGAUUAAUGUUGGAUCUGAGAAGCAUGGUUCAGCGAUUGAGCCAUGGAAGAUCGUGUUCCUUGUCAACGGCCUCCUGACUGCUUGUCUCGGCGUGGUGUUCUGGUUCGUCAUCCCGGAUAAUCAACUCAACGCACGCUGGUUAUCGGCAAAGGACCGUGUAUUGGCCGUUGCGAGAGUGCGCGUCAAUCAGCAGGGCAUUGGCAACAAGCAUUUCAAGAUGUAUCAGCUGAAGGAGGCACUGCUGGAUCCAAUGACUUGGGCUUUCGUGUUCUAUGCUCUGGUUGCUGAUAUUCCCAACGGAGGUAUAUCCAAUUUUUUCUCACAGCUUAUCGUGAGUUUCGGCUACACUCCAUCCCAGUCUCUCCUCUACGGCACACCAGGCGGGGCUGUCGAAGUCGUGGCCUUGAUUUUCUGUGGCUGGCUUGGUGAUCGACUCGGAAAUCGGAUCCUGGUCAGCAUGCUAGGGCUCUGUACAGCCCUUCUCGGUGUCAUUCUCAUCGUCGCCCUUCCCUUGGGCAAGUCUUCCGGACGCUUAGCUGGCUACUAUCUCACUCAAGCUUCGCCGACUCCCUUCGUGGCUAUCUUGUCGUUAAUUGCCACUAAUGUAGCUGGGUACACAAAGAAGACCACCAUCGCCGCCCUGUACCUCAUUGGAUACUGUGUGGGAAACAUCAUUGGACCUCAGACUUUCCGGCCAAAAGACGCACCAAGAUACGUCCCGGCAGAAAUCACCAUUAUCGCUUGCUGGGGUGUAUGCCUUCUCGAUUUGUGCUUCAUGUAUUUCUGGUAUAGGCGCUGCAAUCGGUUGAAGGAGCGGGAGAGGCAAGCACCUGGAUAUGUCAAGAUUGAGGGCCAAGAGUGGCUCGACUUGACUGAUAAGGAGAACAGCGAAUUUGUGUAUGCACUCUAA